AUGGCAGAUCAAAGCCAAAUGAAGAGUCAGGAGGAGGAUCUACCACCUGACAUCAAUGAUUGGAGUAAACGUCAAGUGAAAGAAUGGGCUCUCCAGUUGGAUCAUGUAGAUGACAAAGCUGCAGAAAUACUGUUUGAGCAGGACAUUAAUGGACCGAGUCUUUUGAUUUUAGAUACAGCAGACUUACGUGAAAUGGGUGUGACUUAUGGACCAGCAAAACUUAUCAUUAAUGCCAGAGAUGAGGUAGUUAAAUCAAAGAAUGAGGAGCCAAUCAGUUCUACAAAUGAACCUGGUAGACCAUGCAAGCCUUAUCCAUUUUGUAGGUACCAUGAUACCUAUAGAUACAUGGAGAGCAAUAUUCUUGACAUUACAGAAUCAGGUGCCUCUGACUUAAUUGAACCCUGCCAUGAGUAUAAAGCUUUCAUCAAUACAGAUGAAUCAACAGAUGAAAUGAAAAUGACCAAGUUCACUGAAGAGGUCAUUCGCUUUGCAGCUGCCUGCAUGAAUAGCCGCACAAACGGCACCAUACAUUUUGGAAUAGGAGAUAAGCCAAAUUUCACCCAUGGUCAAGUGUUGGGAGUGGUUGUUAAGGACAGAGAGGCUUAUGCAAUAAAACUAAAGUCUACCAUUGAUGGUUAUUUUGAGCAUAAACACAAACAGACAGCUCAAAAUUGCAUCAAACCUCCUCGAUUUGUUGGGGUUCUCAAUAAGAAUAUGACAUCAUCUGACAAAUGUGUGAUAGAAGUGGACAUAGUUCCUGACUCAACGAUGUGUGAAGAAAACAUCUACCACACUUUCAACCUGAGCACAAAAAAAGCCAAGAAAAAAGCAAAAGGAAAAGAAACAGCCACAUCCGAAACAAAACCAUCAAAACAAUUCUUUAUCAGGGAUGGUGGUAGCAGCAGAAAUCUCCUUGCACAAACAAGUUCUGCCAAACCUGAGGAAGAGUACAACAAGUUUGUUGACAGAAAAGCACAACGUUUCCAACUACGCAAACAAGCUGAAGAGAAGCACCUCAGUGUAAUAAAAAGCAGUACUCAAGGCUCCAGAUUAAGUCAGAUGAUAACUGGUAGAACCCUCUCUUUGGAUAAAUCACACUUUGAGCGGUAUGUGAUAGUAACUAACAAAUCACAUUCAACACAGUUUGAAUCACUAGGAUUUCUUGUAGAGCUCAACCCAACAGCUGUUUUGGACUUUGAUCCAGAAUCAGCUAAGUAUGGAUUGCAAUGGCACUUUGAUCAGCAGAGUACAGUUAGUGCCCAUUUACCAGCAAAGUAUAAAAUCACAGAAGGGGUUGAGGACAUUGCAAACAAGUUGAAAUUGACGAGACUCACCAGCUGGGUAUUCUGCAAUGGAGGUAUUGAGGAUGAGAAUGGAAGUACUGAGGCACCCUCAGACAUAGACGAGUGGUUGAUGGACAAGGGAGCCUCUGUUCGAGAUGUGAUUUCGUUCUUGUGUCGAAAAGAUGUUCUUCCAAACAAGAGAUUUCUUGUCAUUUUCUUACUUUUGUCAACAGUGAAUGAGAAGAUGGACCCGCUUGUUGAAACUUUCAGUACAUUCUGGCAAGAGCUCAAAGGCACAGAUCAAAUCCUUUGUAUCUGUGACGGUGAAAAAGCAUUUACCUCCUGGACGGACCUAAUAAAUGCUCGGUGCGGAAUCAACAUCUCUGGUAGAUGUAUAUAUGAGCUCAGUCUUCCUGAAGUCAAUGGCACUUUGUGGAGUCUUUGGUCCAAAAACCGUAGAUCCAGUCGUAUUCUACCCUGUGGUGGAGAAAGCAAAGUGCUUCUUGAGAAGAAAGUGGAACGUAGCCUGAGUACUUUGGAUGUCCUGUGCGUGAAUCAAUGUGAAGGAGGAAACGAGGACAAAAUUGUCAUAGAGGAAAACUUCUACAAAGGAGGAAAAGUUUCAUGGUGGAAUUUCUUUUUCUCAGACCAACCUGGAUCCAUACCAUUUAUCAAACGAGACAAGUUUGAUUUCAUCAUGAACACAGUCAUACCCGAUGCGUGCUCCCUGAGAAAAGCUUGUGUGUUGUUCAACCUCAUGCAUGUUCCUGGAUGUGGUGGGACCACUUUGGCCAUGCACAUUUUAUGGGCCCUCCGGAACAGAUUCCGUUGUGCUGUCCUCAAAGACAGCAGCGCUGACUUAUCUGAAGUUGCUGAUCAAGUGGUCAAACUUUUAAUGUAUGACCAUAAGGAGCAAUUACCAAGGGUCCCUGUUUUGCUGAUGAUAGAUGACUUUGAUGAAAAGGAAAAAGUAUUUGGCUUGCAGCAGCACAUUGAAAAGCAAUGCACCAAGAAAGGCAUUCAGUGCAAGUCUGCACAGGUAAUUAUCCUGAACUGUAUGAGGUCAGAGUCCUCUGAACCAACUGAAACAACUGAAGAGACAGUAUUCAUUGGAAAUAAUCUCUCUGACAUGGAACAGAAACAGUUUGAGGAAAAACUUGUCGAAAUAGAGAAAACUCACAAGAAUGUCAACACGUUCUAUGGGUUCAUGAUCAUGAAGAAGAACUUCAAGACAGAGUAUGUUCAGAGUGUGGCAAGCAACACCCUCAAGAGCUUCAACAUAGAGCAGAAACAUGCCCAACUCUUGGCUGUUUUAGUCCUUUUGGAUGUAUACUGCAAGGGUGCCUCUCUCUCUGUCUCUCUGUGUGAAGAAGUUCUUGGUCUUCAGCCAAAACCAGUUUGUGGAACUAGCAAAGUUGAAGAUGGAUUUGGGAAGUUUUCCACUUUAAUUGCCACUUGUUCAGUUGAGGGUAAGGUAGUUUUCCAAGCUGUGAAAAUGAUCCAUUCAAGUAUUGCAAAGCAUUGUUUGCAGGAACUUACCAAAACACACAAUGUGAACAAAGCUGAAAUCACUGACCUUCUGCUGACCACAGACAAGCUCUAUGAGAGCACACAAGGCAAAGACAAACUCCUGCAAGAUGUUCACCACAUUUUGGUAAAGAGAUAUCAUUCAGUGGAAGAAUCUCAGUUCUCUCCACUAAUUCAAGACAUUGCAAGUGAAACCCCAGGCCUGGAAGAGAUUGUGCUACAAAAUGCAUCAAAGAGGUUUGAGAAAAAUGCAGUUGUCUCUCAGUUACUAGCCAGGUACUAUUACCUAAAAAAGAAGGACUUCUUAGAAGCAGAAGUUUGGGCAUGUAAAGCGAGAGAUCUUUCCAAAGACAGCUCAUAUUUUGCAGACACGUCAGCACAAGUUAUCAAGCACAAACUGAAGAAUGCCAUUGCAAACUACAAGGAAGAGCCUAUUGUUCCUGAUAAACUGCACAUGUUUCUCAAAAUGGCUCAGUCAGCAAUGGAAGCAUUCAGGGAAACACAGUACCUUGCAAAGAAGGAGUCAAUUCAGCGAUUACUAGUCAAGACAGACAAUUGCCCGUUUAAUACAGCAGGGUGCCUGGGAGAAAUUCAGAUUGGAGUACUUGUCAUUGAAGUGCUGGCAAAGACCCCCAUUUUUUCUUCAAAAAUGGCGGACAAUGUCCGCCAUGACAUCAUGAGUGAGGUUCUGUCCGGAAAGCUGGAACUUCAGGCUGUAGAGAAAAAUGAUAAACGGCAAUGCAAACACUCCCGCUACUACCAAAUUCUCAAACAGUUUGAGGAUGUACUUUACAACCUCAGAGAUAGGAUGAAGGUGAACUUUGACUUGCUUGACAAGUUUUAUGUGAACCUGGGCUCCAGAUUUGGCAUGAAAGACAGUCGUGAGCAAGCUGCCCGAAAGGACCUUUUCAGAUGUUUCACACAGUUUGCAAAUCUUUUCUGCAAGACAGCAGCUCUUUCGAAGAAUAAAACCAUGCAAAACAUGCUGCAACUACACGAGGCACGACAAUACCUGGAGAUGCAAAAAGUUGAUACCUACUCUGGUAUCCUGAGCUGUCUCUCAAAUGGCAUCCAAUCGGAAAAAAUGAACAAGAUUGCCAAACAGUAUGCUUUUGUAUUUGCAAAUCAUGAGAGGUCAACUGUAAAGGAGAGAAUCAACUUCAUCUAUGUCAAUGUUGUGUUGAGCUGUAUCAACCUGGCCUCACCGCACAUGAAGCCGUACCAGGACCUAAUUGGUUUCCUUCUCAAAGUUCUGUGUGACCAAAUCCCAAUAAGUGAAAACUUGCCACUGUACUUCAUUGCAGUUGUACUGUUGUGGCCACAGCAGCACCUUCCACCCCAAAGAAGUCUGGGGAAGUACAUCUCUCAGAUGAGGACCUCUUAUCACACAGUGAUGAAGGAAAUGUACAAUGGCAAACGUCCCAUUGUCCAUUUCUUCCUGGGAAAGAAGCAGGGCUAUGAACGACUGGUACACUUGGGGGAAAUCAAAAGUUGCAUCAAGGCUGGCCAGGAAGAGUUUGCCACCUUGUGGGAAAAUGGCAAAAUAUGGAAAGAGAAGAAGGUGGAGGAGAUCCUCUGCAGGGUCACUGGUGAGGUGAACAAUAACUUGAUACUGGCAGAUACUUGUGUCCCAGAUCUGAAGGUCGAAGUCACUCCAAUGUUUCGAAGUCAGCUUAGUUGGCGUGCCGAUGGGUCAAAAGUGUCAUUCUUUAUCGGUUUCUCGAUGAAAGGCCCUGUUGCACUUGACAUUUUGACUUGUUGACAUAGCUUAACAACAACAGAAGCACAUCUCAAUAACAGAUGAAAACCAACCCCAGAAUAACCCAUUCUGUAAGUCUUUUUUUCUAGCUCUGACACCUGGUUGCUACAUUUUAAAGUCCAGCCCUAAAACCCUUCACGCUGUGGCUGAAGGCUACACACCCAGUGCUCAAAGUGCCCAGAAACAGAGAGGGCAGGGUCUUGCACACCAACACACACUUCUAAUGAGUCAGAGAGGAUGAUUGAGAGGAUUUUUUUUGAGUAUUUGCAUUUUUUUGUCUUUUGAAAAUACACAUACACAUUGUGGCUGUACAAUCAAACAUCUUAAAAAAUGUCUUAUAAAAAAGUUGCACUGUAGCUCACAAGGAGCCAGUUUUUAAUCAUGAAAAUGUUUUUUUCCAUAAUGAAAUGAUCUGAUAUCUGUAAAGGAAAUCAAUUUAUUACCCUUUGUCAUGCUCUGAAUAAUACUGAAUCAAUGUGUUGUAUAGCAAUUUAAUAAUAUUGUUCCAUGAAAUUAAACAAUAAGCACCAUUAACUGUACAGUACAUUUGCCUAUACGGUGUAUUUUAACAACUAUGUAAGAAUUUACAAUGAUACAUUAUGUUCCAUGUUUUUUAUAGAUAUUUCUCAAAUAUUUUUAUGCUUGGUUUUUAUUUUGUGUUUUUAGCCAUUAACUGAUCUGAUAUAUUUGAAAUACAAUCACUUUUGUCUUUGGUCAAUAUGUUGUUCUUUUUGAUAACCUGUGAACAAUGUUUUCUCGCAUGAAAACAUUUAUUUUAAAGAUAUUUAUUUUUCUUUAUACCUUUAUGCUUGAUUUUGAUAGCAACAGAGAUAGAGAGGAAAGGGAGGAUAUGCAGCAAAGGGCUUAUUUGCUGGACUCAAACCCAGGCCACUGCAUUAAGUACUCAGUCUUAAUGAUAUGCACUCUACCUGUGAGCCACAAGGGCAGCGCUCACAAAAUGUCUGUUAACUAAGUCUAUUUUUAAAUAUGCAAAACUGAAAUGUAGAUUUCUUCAUUAUUUUUUUUUUAUUUUGUGUGUCUAUUCAUAAACUGAUCUGAUGCUUAAAAUACAACAGCUUUUACCUUUGGUCAUUAUGUGUCAUGAUGUGAUGAUGAUCUGUUGUUCAAAACACUUCCAUUAAAAACAAUGAUGAAC